GCCCAGCCUGUUCCGUGAGGCAGUGCGUGACCCCAAUUGGCGUGCCGCCAUGCAAAAGGAAAUUGAUGCGUUGGAGCGUACCAGAACAUGGGAGCUGCGGGAUCUCCCUCCUGGUAAGAAACUUAUUUUUUGCAAAUGGGUUUAUAAAAUUAAAUACAAAAGUGAUGGCAGCAUUGACCAUUACAAAGUUCGUCUCGUCGUAUGCGGCAAUCGGCAAGUUCAGGGGAUUGAUUAUGAUGAAACAUUUGCCCCUGUUGCCAAGAUGGUCACAAUACGUACUCUUUUAGCUAUUGCUGGGUCACGCGGUUGGGAGAUACAUCAAAUGGACGUAGACAAUGCUUUCCUACAUGGUGAUCUUCAGGAAGAGGCACCACGUUGUUGGUUCUCUAAGUUGACUGAUGCGCUCCUUAAUUAUGGAUUCUCUCAGUCUCAUGCUGAUUAUUCCUUAUUCACUCUUCAUCGUGGAAGUCACAUGUUAUGUAUUCUGGUAUAUGUGGAUGAUCUACUUAUCACUGGUACUAGUGCUGAAAUGAUCUCUACUUUCAAAAUUUAUUUGGCUGGGAAAUUUCCCGUCAAGGACUUGGGUUCUGUGAAAUACUUUCUUGGCUUGGAGGUAGCACACAGUCCGCAUGGUAUUUUUGUAUGUCAACGGAAGUAUGUUUUGGAUAUUCUUGCUGAGACGAGGUUGACGGGGGCCAAACCAGCUGAUUUUCC